AGCGCCGGCAGCCGAGGAGAACAAGCCCGACAGCUGGUUAUUGACCUGGAGACUCGAGGGAAACAGGCUUUUCCUCUCUUCCUCUCGAUCCUGCGGGACACGGGGCAGGGUGACCUCGCGGACAUGCUGACCAAGGAGUGUGAAUUCCCACCGGCGCCGCAGCAGCUGGUGGAGCUGAGGCCUGUGGAGCUGGAUGUACGCAGAGAAAAGCCUCCUCAGAAUAUGAACUUCCCCGAACGUUUGUCUGUCCCAGUCCAAGCUGAGAGCGAAAGACCUCAAAGGCCUCCUGCAGCAGCCCGGGGUUCAGCUGGUGACAAGAGGAACCACGAUCUGGUGUACGAGCUGAAAGGGGACCCCUGCGGACACUGCCUGAUCCUCAACAACGUCAACUUCAGUAGAGACUCGGAUCUGUCGACUCGAGAAGGCUCCGACGUGGACUGCGAGAAGCUGGAGAGGCGUUUCAGGGCCUUGCGCUUCCACGUCCUGACUCGGCGAGAUCUCAAAGCUCAGGAGAUGGUUUCAGAGCUGCAGAGGCUGGCACGGCGGGACCACAGCGCCUUGGACUGCUGCGUCGUUGUCAUCCUAUCCCACGGCUGCCAG